UCCUUGCAGAUCUCUUUACACUCUUGCAUCUGGGUUCAUUCAUCUAUUUUAUCCCAUCGUGAGCUCAAUAACCAUCCUAGAAGACAUGCCUGCAAGCGUCAAGUCUCGCGGAGGAUGUGCGCGAUGUAAGGAGAAAAGAGUGAAAUGCGAUGAAAAAAGACCGUCGUGUCAACGCUGCACUCGUUUACAGCUCCCAUGUCCAGGUUAUCAACCGCGGUUCCGAUGGUCGACGAAGUAUGAGGUUCUCAGGAAGGAUCGGACCAGUCCACUGCGUAAUGUCCGUUCUUCGUCCAAGACCCGGCACACGCCUCCGGUAAAUUGCAAUUCGGAAGGACGGUCGGAAGCCACUGGUCCCUCUGGUGCCAUUGAUGGAGCUACAGACGGCCUGAUUGACAUGGGAUUACAUUGGGACAACUUCUCCCUCUUGGACGAGAUUGAUCUGACUGGGCUCAGCACUUUGUUCCCACCAGGUCCGAGCCUAGAAAGCUCAUUGCAUUCUUUGCAUGACCAUCAAUCUACGAGAUUUGAGAUUGGUAGCGGUAGACCAGAUCAUGGCCACCUCGCUGCAGAUGCCGACAUGCUGGUCGCCACUCUUAAGACACCUUCAACAAGUCCAGCUCUCCAGCUACAAGGUGAUAGCUUCUGGAGCCAACACUCACCAAUGAAACCGUUAGCCUCAAUCGAAACAUCGCUCGUGGAGUACUAUUUCCAACAUGUUGCCACUACGUACUCGUGUUUUGAUGGAAGCAUGAAUCCAUUUCGUACGACAGUUGGGCGGGUCUGGACGUCGUCUCAGAUCUUAACGUGGACGCUUCAGAGUAUGGCUGCGGCCUGUCUCGCUCGCGACUUUCCGCAUCUAAAGCCUCAGGGCAUGAAGGUACGACAGCAGGCGCUGAUGGCGAUUGAAGAAGAGGCAGCCGCCGGGAAGACCACUGAAAUGUCUCUUUUGUCGGUCAUUAUGCUGGGUCAAUCUGCUAGCUGGCAUCUGCAGGCGGACGUAGGUCUAUCCCAGUACCGUCUGGCCAAGAGGAUAAUGGCGAGUGGACAGCGUCGCAACAACAAAACCGAAAACACGAGGUUCCCUGGGAGGAACUCGAUGUUCUUUCAACAAUCCUUGCAUUACUGGGAGAUGCUACUUUCUUUUGUCACCGGCUUGGAUGGUCCCACUGAUUCUCCGAGAGACCCCCAUGGGUCGAGCUUGCCCUUACAAAUGAUUCCUCACCCUUGGGCAAUGGUUACAUCGGACCUGAUGGAACGCAUCCACGAGGUAGGCCGGCUGGUAUACAAGCACCGACGGAACACCCUUGGAUCAAAGUUCUGGCGACGAACGGAUCUCACUGCGCUGCAGGGUAUGAUCCAGGACGUUGGGCCAAUAGAGCUUUAUCUAUUGAACUACCAACUCCCCGCACAAGAGACCAUUGUUGAUCCGGGCGAUGAUCUGACUCCCGUUUCGCACUUUGUGUCGAUUUCUCAGGCAUACCGACUCGUCGCUCUGCUUCAGAUCUACCGAGUGUUCCCGGACAUUCUCGAAGAACGUCUCGCUUCAGAAACCAGAACACCUGCCUUUGCAGGAGUACCGAAGCCAUUACUGAACAGCGCUGAGCAAUGGAUACACACUCUAGCAAUGCACACCGUUGAUAUUCUCCGCAAGGUGCCAUUCGAAUCCCACACUCGCUCAAUACAGGCUUUUCUUCUUGUGGCCUUAUCGAGCGAGUUACGGUAUCCGAUGUCCCCUGACAACAUUGAGAAUGUCAACAGUGAGAUGCUGGAGGUCGCCGAAGCCCGGAAGUUCGUCCGCGGUAGAUUAGAAGCCUAUCGAUUUGUCUUUGCUCCGCAGCCGGCGCAGCGUAAACUGGAUAUUGUAAUGAAGGUGUGGGAACAACUGGACGGGGGACAGUCAGGCGUGUAUUGGAUGGAUGUGAUGAUUGAGAAUGGAUGGGAGGUUUUGUUUUGUUGAGGGAGCUUCAGGGUUAUCUAUUCAGCAACUCAUCUACUUGGUCUAAAUGCAUCCGAUCAACUCAUUUCCGCCCGAUCGAAAGAGGGGACCAAAUCACCGAAGGGGAUAGCACCAAUUUCUAAGGAUCCCAGAGAAUCCCCGCAUCGGAAGCAGACACCGAACCGGCCAAAAUGCGCGAGGCGAAACUGAUAGGCCGUUUUUUCCUAAUCGGGUAAAAGAUGCCUUAUCCGUACCUCCCU